AAGGUAGCCUUGGUCGCCGGGGUCGCAGACUCGCAGACUCGUAGUCAACUUUCAGCUAGACUGGCAAACGGACCAGACAGUCUGCCGGUGCAGUUGGUUGGAUCUGCGUAGUGGAGAGUUGGAAACUAGAGACAGUUGGAUACGCAUUGAAUCAGCUACUUCUCCAUUAGUAUUCACAGAGUAUACCCGUUGUGAAGGUCAACACUAUUGAUUUUGUCGAGGACAGUCAAUGAAGAAAAAAUUACUUCAGUCAGUCUUAGAGUGGUUUUUCCCUACGAGACUCGUUUUAUAAUUUAAAAGAUUCUGAUUAAAUCUCCCAUAUGAUAGUAGUAAUAGUUGGGGAAACCAGUGUCCACAUCGCGAAAGAAUCAGUGGUCGUCGAUAGUCCGUAGAAAAAGAAAGAAAAAAAAAAAAACUAGACACAAUGAGGGACCGCAAGAUCUGGAACGUAACCGCCUCCAACUAUGCAACCAACACUUUCAACCCCAUCAGGAACAUCGUCGAGAACAUGCAGAUCGUACCCAACCCUGAGAAACCCAUGAUUGCCCUGUCCAUCGGUGAUCCUACGGUGUUUGGGAACUUGACUCCUGCAGAGGAAAUUACAGAAGCUGUUGUCACAUCUAUAAGAAGCGGAAAAUACAAUGGUUAUGGGCCCAGUACAGGAUUUGUUGAGGCGAGAGAGGCUGUGGCCAAAUACUGUUCAGUGCCAGACGUCGCAGAACUAGAAGCGAAGGAUAUCAUUUUGUGUUCGGGUUGCAGUUGUUCAAUCGAUCUGUGUAUCACAGCCUUGUGUGGUCCCGGUCAAAACAUCCUGGUACCUCGACCUGGGUUCCCUCUCUAUAAGACGUUGGCUGAAGGGCUGUCUAUCAAGACGAAAUAUUAUAACCUUCUUCCUGAGAAGAACUGGGAAGUCGACCUUGAUAUGCUGGAGGCUCUCAUCGACGAGCAGACUCAGGCCAUCGUCGUCAACAAUCCGUCGAAUCCGUGUGGGUCUGUUUUCUCCAAGGAACACCUCACUGCCAUUCUUGAGGUUGCGGCCAGAAACAGAGUUCCUGUCAUUGCUGACGAAAUUUACGACCAUUUUGUGUUUUCGGGGGAGGAAUACCAUCCAAUGGCGUCUCUCACUCAAGACGUUCCUGUCCUCUCGUGCGGAGGUCUUACGAAGAGGUACCUGAUUCCUGGCUGGAGGAUGGGUUGGAUCGCCAUCUACGAUAGAAAUGGAAUCCUGGAUAAAGAGAUCCGCCAGGGUUUGCAGUCUCUCAGUCAGCGGAUCAUUGGCAGCAACACUCUCGUGCAAGGUGCCUUGCCCACAAUCCUUUCAAAGACACCAAAGAAGUUCUUCGACGAUACCAUCAAACAGAUUGAGGACAACGCAAAGAUGUGCUACAGAAGUAUUUCAGCGGUGCCCGGAUUAAAACCCAUUAUGCCGCAGGGAGCGAUGUACAUGAUGGUUGGUGUUGAUAUGGACCAUUUCCCUCAGUUCGAAAACGAUCUGCAAUUCGUCGAAAAGAUGAUCGCUGAAGAAUCCGUCUUUUGUCUCCCAGGAAAGUGUUUCGAUUACCCCAACUAUAUGCGAAUAGUAUUGACGGUGCCAGAGAAACAACUCAUGGAGGCAUGUGGCCGGAUGGCUGCCUUUUGCACCAGAUAUUAUCAAGCACAAACAAACAAUGGUUUUGUUAAUACAAAUGGCCACAGCGUUGACAUGGACGUCGAUCAUGGGUACUUGUCUACAAACGAUGUCAGUGUUGGAGCAACCGUCGAGGAAGUGAAGGCCGUCAAGGCAGCAUCGUUUGAUCCAACUGCCCUCAUCAUGGAAGCUGAAGCUGAUUAGCGAGACCCAAUUAGUGUUCACGUUACUGAAUCCACCUCAGACGGAAUCAAAGAUUGUUGGUCGGUUGUCAGACUGAAAGAUACUAUUCCUAUUAAUCAUGGACUGUUAUGAAGCAAAUUCUGAAGAGGAAGUGAUAGAUUACUAUGUAUGUAUGUAUAUAUAUAUAUAUAUAUAUAUAUAUAUAUAUAUAUAUAUAUGUAUGUAUGUAUGUAUGUAUAUGUAUGUAUAGAGGGAGAGAUAUGGCGCAUGUGUAUACAUACUAAAUAUUUUUCUGCAAGAAUUUUAUAAUACAUUUGUAAUAAAGUGGCUUAACUUCCAUAGCACACAUCAGUGUUUCUCAGUGAAUGGAAUACGAAACGAUUCUAUGAUUACUUCUAAAACGACCGCUCUCACAUAUCAGACGAGUAAUUGAUUGACGGAGAAGGAUCAUUUUUCAAUUUCCCAAGGCAGAUUAUUCCCAAUUUUAUAUUCACAAGUAAAACCAAAAUAUUCCUAAAUAUUGAAACGCCAUUGUUUUCUUGAAUAGUGAACAGAUGUAGCCUAUUUCAUCAGAAAGAUAUUUCCUGAACAAAUUUCAUGUUUCAUAGACAUUUUAAGGUCCGGUGCUGAAGAGAGGAAUGGCCUUUGUUGCAAAAGCAGGACUUAGAGACGAGGAUGUGUUGUUACUUGUGACCAAGUAAAAGAACAACAUUAAAAGUGAUGCUGCACUUGGGUUACCAGUAACUGUUGUUAAAAAAUAAUAAUAAUAAUGAUAAAUAAAAAGCUUUCAGAGGCCGAAAAAUAGUUACUGGUAGAUGUUCCAUUUCUGAAAAUUGCGGAUAAUGUUAAGAACGUUUAUCCUACGUAAUGUUUUACUCAAACAAUAAAGACAAAAUAUGUUUAAA